GGUGGUGUUCUGACCUCGGCUCCACUGUGGCAGCCCGACUUGAGAUGCCAAGUAUCUUGGGCCUGAGGGUGGGUAACAAGAAGCAUCUCUCUCCUCAUCCCCUUCCUCCUACUAAGAUACCCCAUGUCUCCUACCUUCCUCUGAGCUGCCAACAGAUGCGUUAAUUCCCUUCCAUAAUCCUCUCAGGACCUAGAGGGUUUCAGAUCGGUGCUGGGAGGGGCCCAGAUAGUUCUCCCCACCACUUCUUCCACCUUUGGAAUGCCCAUCACCUGGGGAAGGGAGGUGCCGCACAUCCCCCAGACCAACGCUGCAUCCCUUUCUAUCCAGACUGAGGCCUAGAGAGAGGCAGGCGUUCCUCAGAGUCACAGGGAAUGGCGGCGCCUGGACUGGGACUCAGUCCAGCUGCUUGGCCUGACCCUCUCAGAGCAUAGCUUCCCGGCACCUGGGAGGCCGCACCUAGAAGCUGCCCAGUGCCCUGGCGUCUCCAUGGCCUGCCUGAGCCCCUCACAGCUCCAGAAGUUCCAACAGGAUGGAUUCCUGGUGCUGGAAGGAUUCUUGUCUGCAGAAGAGUGUGUGGCCAUGCAACAGAGGAUUGGCGAGAUAGUGGCUGAAAUGGAUGUUCCUCUCCACUGCCGCACAGAAUUCUCCACCCAGGAAGAGGAGCAGCUUCGAGCCCAGGGCAGCACAGACUAUUUCUUGAGCAGUGGUGACAAGAUUCGAUUCUUCUUUGAGAAAGGCGUUUUUGACGAGAAAGGAAAUUUCCUGGUCCCUCCGGAGAAAUCCGUCAACAAAAUUGGCCACGCUCUGCACGCCCACGACCCUGUCUUUAAGAGCAUCACGCACUCCCCCAAGGUGCAGACCUUGGCCAGAAGUCUGGGCCUCCAGAUGCCCGUGGUGGUGCAGAGCAUGUACAUCUUUAAGCAACCUCACUUUGGCGGUGAAGGUGAUCCACCUGCCUCAGCCUCCCAAAGUGCUAGGAUUACAGGGAUGAACCACCACGCCCAGCCCUGGAAUCUGUUUCUAACAAGUUUCCUGGAGGAGGACUCCAGGAAAAUUGCUGAUCUAGUUCCACACCCUACCCCAUGCAGUCACCCUUUACAGCCUCCCUGGUCUGUCUUAAAGUUUGGUGUUCAGAAAACACGCAGUUGCCCGGGAAGGAAGGAGUCUCCCCUCAUCAGGACGCCUCCUUCCUGUACACGGAGCCCCUGGGCCGGGUGCUGGGCAUAUGGAUUGCAGUGGAGGACGCCACGCUGGAGAACGGCUGUCUCUGGUUCAUCCCUGGCUCCCACACCAGUGGCGUGUCAAGAAGGAUGGUCCGGGGCCCUGUUGGCUCAGUGCCUGGCACCAGCUUCCUCGGGUCAGAGCCAGCCCGGGAUAACAGCCUCUUUGUGCCCACCCCAGUGCAGAGAGGGACCCUGGUCCUCAUCCAUGGAGAAGUGGUGCAUAAGAGCAAGCAGAACCUCUCUGACCACUCGCGCCAGGCCUACACUUUCCACCUCAUGGAGGCCUCUGGUACCACCUGGAGCCCAGAGAACUGGCUCCAGCCAACAGCUGAACUGCCCUUUCCCCCACUGUACACCUAAAGGCUUUCAACAGGCAGGAGCCCUGACCCCUCCCGGGUGAAGCUGUGGGCUGCAAACACCAGCAUCUUGCUCAGCCUCUUGGUUGCAACAGGGAGGUCUUGUCUCCCCUCCUGGGCUUUCCUCCUGCCCUGUGGGCAGCAGCCUGGGCUGGGUAAGGAGCUUCCCUAAGAUCUUCAUCUCUCUGCCUCCCUACUGCCCCACCAUAGCCUUGAGGAGGCUUCUCAGCCACCAAAGGGUUCUGGCCCCUUCUCACUCUCCUCUCCUCUCAGAUGGAACUUUGGUUAUUAUGGUGUUAGUUAUCGAAUAAAAAUGACUUCAGAACGCAGCU